AUGGGAGUAGCGCAGCUCCUCAAUCCUCUGUUGACAGCGAAACGUCUGCUAAACGCAUGCGCACUGCUCUCUGUAGCUGUUGGCAGUUCUCCGAUUCGACCGGGGACCUGCAGUGAGAGAUUUAUUGGAAGAAAAACCACGACUGAAGACGAGGGAACAGCAACAAGUGAACCAGCCCGAGGACUGAGAGCACCGACUGGAGAGAACCCAUCUGACUCGGAGAUUCCAGUGAUUCAGUCAGGAGAAAGUUUGGUUAAAAAUGACAAGGAAUUUGUCUACGGGAAUCUCGAACACAACACGCCAGUUUUGCUGUCUCUGUCCAGAUAUUUAAGAAGUGGAGCAAGGGAUUCAUUCGGUCAUCCUUCCUGCUCAGACUGUGGGGAGGGAUUCACUCGAUCAUCCUUCCUGCUCAGACUGUGGGGAGGGAUUCACUCGAUCAUCAUUCCUGCUCAGACUGUGGGGAGGGAUUCACUCGAUCAUCCUUCCUGCUCAGACUGUGGGGAGGGAUUCACUCGAUCAUCCUUCCUGCUCAGACUGUGGGGAGGGAUUCACUCGAUCAUCCUUCCUGCUCAGACUGUGGGGAGGGAUUCACUCGAUCAUCCUUCCUGCUCAGACUGUGGGAAGGGAUUCACUCGGUCAUCCUUCCUGCUCAGACUGUGGGGAGGGAUUCACUCGGUCAUCCUUCCUGCUCAGACUGUGGGGAGGGAUUCACUCGGUCAUCCUUCCUGCUCAGACUGCGGGAAGGGAUUCAUUCGGUCAUCCUUCCUGCUCAGACUGUGGGGAGGGAUUCACUCGAUCAUCCUUCCUGCUCAGACUGUGGGGAGGGAUUCACUCGGUCAUCCUUCCCACUCAGACUGUGGGGAGGGAUUCACUCGAUCAUCAGACUGACUGCCAUGCCUGCCAUUUUAAACGGGGGUGGUGGGGGGGGGGGACCUGUUCAUCUGCUCAGACAGUGGGAAUGGAUUCAGUUGGACAUUUCAACUGAAGGGACAUCAGCAAGUUUAUACUGGGGCAAGGCCAUUCACCUGUUCUGUGUGUGAGAAGGGGUUCAGUCGGUCUUCCCACCAGUGGACACACCAAUUAGUUCACACCACACCGGGCAGAGGCUGGUCAACUGCUGAAUUUCUGGGGAAGGAUUCACUCGGUCAUCUGACCUAAUGGCUCGCCAGCGAGUUCACACCGCGGAGAGUCCGUUCACCUGCUCAGACUGUGGGAAGGGAUUCACUCGGUCAUCUAACCUGAAGAAACAUCAGCGAGUUCACACCGGAGAGAGGCCAUACACCUGCUCAGAAUUUGGGAAAGGAUUCACUUCCUCAGAUAAACUGAAGAUUCAUCAGCGGGUUCACACUGGGGAGAGGCCGUUCAUCUGCUCAAACUGUGGGAAGGGAUUCACUCAGUCAUCUAAACUGAAGGAACAUCAGCGAGUUCACACUGGGGAGAAGCUGUUCAUCUGCUCAGACUGUGGGAAGGGAUUCACUCGGUCAUCCAACCUGCUGGCACACAAGUCAGUUCACACUGGGGAGAGGCCUUUCACCUGUUCAGACUGUGGGAAGGGAUUCUCUUUGUCAUCUUUGUCAUCCCAACUGAAGGGGCAUCACCGAGCUCACACUGGAGUUUGGCCAUUCAUCUGCUCAGACUGUGGGAAAGGAUUCACUCAGUUAUCAAAACUGGAGGUACAUCAGCGAGUUCACACUGGAGAGAGGCCAUUCACCUGCUCAGACUGUGGGAGGGGAUUCACUCAGUCAUCUAUUCUGAAGUUUCAUCAGCGAGUUCACACUGGGGAGCGGCCGUCCACCUGCUCAGACUGUGGGAGGGGAUUCACUUGCUUAUCUAAUCUGAAAGGACAUCAGCGAGUUCACACUGGAGAGAGGCCAUUCACAUGCUCAGACUGUGGGAAGGGAUUCAUUCUGUCACACGAACUACUGGUACACAAGUCAGUUUACACUGGGGAGUGGCCGUUCACUUGCUCAGACUGUGGUAAGGGAUUCUCUCAGUUAUCCCAACUGAAGGUAUAUCAGCGAGUUCACACUGGAGAGAGGCCAUUCACCUGCUCAAACUGUGGGAAAGGAUUCACUCAGUCAUCUAAGCUGAAGGAACACCAGCGAGUUCACACCGGAGAGAGGCCGUUCACCUGCUCAGACUGUGGUAAGGGAUUCACUUGCUCAUCUGAACUGAAGGUACAUCAGCGAGUUCACACUGGGGAGAAGCCAUUCACCUGCUUAGACUGUGGGAAGGGAUUCACUCAGUCAUCGCAUCUGAAGGUACACCAGCGAGUUCACACCGGAGAGAGGCCGUUCACUUGCUCAGACUGUGGGAAGGGAUUCACUCAGUCAUCUGAACUGAAGGUACAUCAGCGAGUUCACACUGGGGAGAGGCCGUUCAGCUGCUUAGACUGUGGGAAGGGAUUCACUCAGUCAUCGCAUCUGAAGGUACAUCAGCGAGUUCACACUGGAGAGAGGCCGUUCACCUGCUCAGACUGUGGGAAGGGAUUCACUCGGUCAUCUCAAUUACAGAGACACCAGCGAGUUCACACUGAGUAGAGGCCGAUCAACUGGUCAGUCUUUGGGAAAAGUUUCUCUCAGCCAAAUCAACCAAAAUGUGCAUCUUCGAGUUCACACUGCGGAGUGGCCGUUCACCUGCGGUGAAUGUGGGAAGUGAUUCACUAAGUAAUCUCACUUUAGCUAGCAGCUUGAUAUAGCUUAAUUUGCCCCGGGCCCCAGCCCGGCCAAACUUAAGAAAUGUCAUUUGGGUGGAUGCUGCGUGAUGUGUCACCUGUUAGAAAUCAGUACUGUACCCCGAAAUAACAAACGGUACACAAUAUGUGAUUAAACAAUUGAGAUAUAUAAUUCUUACUUUGACUAUAGGGUUAGUAAAGAAAACAAAAAAAAAGAAACAGAGCCCACUCUCUCCAUUCGCAUCGUCUCAUCUCUCCCCAGCAAAAGACCAUGAAAAU